UCGACUAUCAAUAAGUGUCGGUACUCUAUAGCAAAUUUCUAACCCUACUUUAUCCAUUGAUCCAAUUUGAAGGUUAGAAAUACUAAAAAACAUCUAAUAUUAUUAAAUUAAAAAAGAUCUUAUCACUAUCACCAAUUUUAAAAUAAUAAAAUUUACACGUAAUCUGUUAAAAUGAGUGAGAAAGAAGAACUUCAUUUGCCGGAAGAUAUUAAACUGAAAAUGUUUUUGGUGAAGAAUUGUUCCUGGUACGAUGAAGAGUACUCUGAUUGUAAGAGUGUAAGAGGUAGAUUUCACCAAUAUUUUGUUCAUGGCGACCUACUUGAUUGCAGUCCAUGGAAACGUGAUAUGGCCAACUGCGAAAGAUGGACGAAAAAUAAGGACCGGGAUUCCCUUGAAGAACUGAUCAACAGCGAGAUGAAACGCCGAGAGGAACGUCUGAAACCAUUCAAAGAAAACGAGGUUUGGGAAAACAGAACUUCGCCCCCUGAAAAUUGGAACUCGCCCCUUCCACCAUGGUUGGAGGAGGAAUACAAAAAUUCCUACCUCGGAUUGAGAGCUGAUGAAUUCAGAGACAUGGUCAAUGAUAAAGCAAGGAAAAGUUUUUGUAGUUUCAUGUGAUCUGUGUGCUUUGUGAUAUAGCAGUAAUAAGGAACGUUAAAACAUUGUAUUUAGUGAAUUUAUAUAAUUUAUCGGUCUAAGGCCAGGUUCCUAGGAUUCUUAUUUAAUCUAAUGGACCAUUAAAUCUAUCGGCUCAAUGGUUCAUUUAAUAAACUUAAAUUAGAUUCCCAUUUAUCGUAACUAGAUUUAAUAAGUGUCCAAGAAACCGGACCUAUAUAACAUAUUUAUGUCACUGCAAUAAUUGAAAAAUACAAUUGAAGAAAAUAAACAGUUACGGUAGCUUA